CACCACAUUUAUAAAAUCUGCAAAAUCGUUUGUACACGGUUGUCAUUUUUCAUAUAUAUCUUCAUAUAUCUUCAUAUAUCUUCCUCUUCUCGUCAUGUCCGUGUUAAAUCUUACAAACGUUUCUCGACCCUCAACAAAUAUCACCAUGAAUUGCGACGCUAAAGAUGUCGCAGUCGAGGUUAGUUAUAUUAUCACCAUCAUCUUUAACGGCAUCACAUGUCCCUUUACUGUCGUUCUUAACGUGUUGGUGAUCAUGGCCGUGAAAAAAAAACCAAGACUACAGAGUUACACCAACAUCUUGCUCGCUUGCCUGGCGGUAACGGAUGUAUUAACUGGUCUUCUUGUCCAGCCAACCUUUAUUAUCUGGAGAACAUCCCAGCUACUCGGUGGAAUAAACAAUGACAUUGUCCGUGAUCUUCACGUGUUUUCUAUAGGGGUAGUUACUCUUUCGUCGGCGCUCCAUUUGAUGUUAGUCACUUGUGAGAGGCUAAUAGCCAUCAAAUAUACCUUAGUGUAUUCGUAUCUCGUUACAGCACAGAACAUUAAGGUGGCAGUAACAGCGUUGUGGUUUCUUACUUUAUGUUGUGCAAUUUUUAGACGGAAAUUUGUCAGUAAGUUAUUUCAAGGGUUGCCACUGAAAAUUGGCAACGUUAUAACAUCCAUUGUGAUAUUUUCCUACAUGGUUUUCAUGGCGACAUCUUACGCGAUUUUAUACCACGAAACAGUUCAUCAGCAAAAGAAAAUCAAAACUCAGCAACUACCCCAAGAAGAGGUGGAAAGAUUUGUCAAAGAAAGAAAAACGCUUAGGACAAUUUUUUACGUGGUGGGCGCUGUUUUGUUAUGCUUUUCGCCUGUGGCCGCUUUAACAAUUUUGUGGCAUAUUCCAGAACUGGACCUUGCUUAUCCUCUACUAUGGAUCACUACGUUUUUAAUGUUGAACUCUCUCCUCAAUCCACCGAUUUACUGUUGGCGACAGCAAGAAAUGAGACAGUUUGUGUUUCGAAUGACCUCUCCAGCUGUAGGUGCUGUAAACUGAUGCAUGGUUAUUCAAAUUUGACUAAAGGAAUGGAUAACGUCGCCGCAGAAAUCGAUACAGUUUAAUUCAA